AAUGUGCAUGUAACAGCUCAGACUGUGCUUGUAACAUGCGCUUAACAGAACAUCUGGGUGAGCACAGCUGUUUCCCGCCCAAUUUAAUUCGGACUUCAAAAUGGGAAAGCAUAAAUCAUCUCUUUAAGAUGAAAUCCUGGUGGGUUUUAUGAAAGACAACCCGGACUUGGCAAAAGGAUUUGUGAAGGGCGACCGAGUUGUUGUCGAUGCCAAGUGGGCAGAGCUUUGCGGCGCUCUCAAUGCUGUUGGGCCGCCAAUCAAGGACGCAUUGGGUUGGAAAAAGGUUUGGGCAGAUUGGAAAACAAACAUCCGCAAGAAGAUGGCGAAAAACAAAUCAGAAACUCGAGCUACAGGUGGAGGGCCCUUCGCUCAGCAAUCGCUUGGGGAAUUGGAGGAGGAAGUGGCCAAGCUAUGUGGCCUCUACGAAAUGGUGGAAGGAGUAGGUGGGCUAGCGUAUGGACUUCCCCCCCGUACGACCAAGGAGGCCGACACUGGGGUUAAGUGCGUGAUGGAAGACCCCAUUGAGGAGGAACCCUCAGAGAAGGACGAACCCUCAGAGAAGGAGGAGCCCAUGCCGAAGCGCCGUCGAACUAGACCAGCGCAGACCAUGAACCUCAACGAUCUCUGCGCUGCGCUGCUGGAUGAAAUGUCGGCAAUUUCCAAGAAAAUUUCGGAACAUUUCGAACGAAUGGAAUCGUUAGAGAAGGAGAAGCUCGAGGUCCAAAAGGCGCUUGUAGACAAAUUUAGCCAAAUUUUGGACAAAUUUGCGAAAUAAUUAGUUUCCUAUUAGUUUUUUUGUGAAACUUAGCUUUAUUAGUUAUAAAGAAUAUCGAAUGACAUAAAGAAGAAAACAUGAAAAA